CCCAACAUGGCGGCGAGUUCGGCCCUGCGGGUCGUCGGGAGCCACCUCAAGGAGAUCCGGAUCCACCUUUGCCAGCGCUCGCCGAGCAGCCAGGGCGUCAGAGACUUCAUUGAAAAACAGUAUGUUACAUUAAAGAAGGCAAACCCAGAUUUCCCUAUUCUGAUCAGAGAGUGCUCAGAUGUGCAGCCCAAACUCUGGGCUCGAUAUGAGUUUGGCAGAGAGACGAGUGUACCGCUGAACAACCUGAACAUGGUCCAAGUUGCCAAAGCUUUAGAGACUGUUAUAAAUAGCAAAGCAUAA